AUGUCGCUCGCCUCUGCAGUGGCGAUGCUCCUGGUGUGUGGCAUGGCGUCAAACCUGGGCUUCUGCGUCGGGCCGCACAUUGGUGUUUUCGUGGACAGGUUCGGACCGCGGACCGGCGCUCUGGUGGCCGCAAUCCUCACCGCCACCGCCACCGCCAAGUCGCUUGAAUCGCCCGCCCGGUCCUUCGAGGCGACGGCGGCGAUGUUCGUACUUGUCGGCCAGAGCUCCUCGCUCGCUUACAUGUCUGCGAUUGCCGCUUACAAGGGCUUCCUGCCCGCCAACCGCGGCAAGGUGAUAGGGGUACUCGACGGCGCGUUUGGCCUCUCGCCAGCUCUCUUCAGCGCCAUCUACGCGCUCCACUUCUCACCUCGCGUUGGCAGCUUCUUCCUCCUCGUCGCAGGGUGCCUCUUUGGCGUCAGCUUGCUGGGCCAUCAGCCAUACACGCACCUCCAGCCGGCGACGCCAGUGCACGUGACAGCGGUACACUGGAUGGAUGCGGCAGUGGACUGGAGGGAGGCGUUGGCGCGAGCAAACCAUCUUUGGGUCGCCAAUGCCCUCCUGUUCAUCAACAACGUCAGCUUCAUCGACACCGCUCUCGGCCAGACCUCAGCCACCGCAAAGGUGACCCUGCUCUGGCCGGUGGCGAGCGCGGUGUCGAGGGUUGCGUCGGGCGGCCUCUCCGACCGCUUCGAGCGCCGCAUCUCAAGGACCGGCUUCCUGUUCCUCGCCGCAGUGACCAUGACUGGCGUCAACGCCUUUCUGGUAUUCGAGCUCCAGUCGGUCGAAGUGGGAGCCGUGAUCGUCGGCUGCUGCUUUGGCGCGACGUGGUGCCUGACCCCGCUCAUCGUCGACGACGAGUUUGGAUCCGCGUCGUUUGGGCAGACCCGGUCGACACUGAUGGUUGCGUCGGCCAUCGGCGGCUUCAUGCUCGCGCCCAUAGAGGAUGCCGCAUACCGCGAGCACACGGCGCCGGGCGCCAGGGAGUGCUAUGGACGUAUGGAGUCGCUUGCUACAACCGCCUUCGAGGCUAAGCGCGGGCCUGGCCGCGCCGAGUGGCUCGCAGCCGGCAGUCCGCUCGAGCUCGGCUUUCUGCCAUUCCCGCUCGACCAGGCGCUGCUGCCCGGUGAGACGCGGCAGGUCCAUUUGUACGAGGCGCGCUUCAUCACGCUCUUCUCCGAGGCGGCAUCCAAGCACCACGACUGCCUCGGCGCCGUCCUCUUCACGCCGCAGGGCAAUGUGGCCUCGGUCACGUCUCUGCUGGAGAUUGAGGAGUUUCGGACCGGCGCCGAGGAGAUUGGCGUCUGGGCGAACCUGAAGUGCGUCGGCCGCGUGAAGCUCAAGGAGCUCGAGACGACCGAGUUUGACUACCUCUCUGGCGGGGUGGAGCUCUUUACCGACUCUUUACCGACCGAGGAGCGAGCAGAGGACGACGCGGCGGCGGCCGAGCUGAGAGAGCUGCACGCCUCGGUGAGGGAGAUGGAGGAGCGGCUCACCAAGGCUGGCGAGGGCGCCGCUGUGGCGGAGGCGACAGGGCGCGAGGCGCGCGUGGAGUGGGGACAUGAGGUCCGCGACGGCAGCGAGGAGGCGGGGCUCGGCCUCGAGGCGCAGCGGCAGCUCCUCUCCUUCUCCGCGUCGGCCACCCUCUCGCCGUCGGCGCGGGCGCAGGCGCUGGGCAUGCGCAGCGGCGCAGAGCGGCUCGCGGCGGCGACGGCCGUGCUCAAGGAGCAGCAGCGCCGCCUCUCGGCACUGCUCGUGCUGCGCGACGCGGGGCUCGAGGCGUCCUAA